CUGAACAGUCUCUGCCCGAGCUGCCCGCGAGCGCUGUGGCGCGCGCCAGCGGCUGCGCACGGCGCGCGUGGGCGUGUCCGAGCGGGGCCACGCUGCCCGCCCCGCCCCCCCUUGUUUCAGUUGCCCCCAGGCCGGGCUACAGCGCGCGCCGGGGCCCUCGUGCCCUCAGCGGGGCUGUGCUGCGCGCGAGCCGCUCGGGGAACCGCCGCCGUCGCCGUCGCCAACCGCCGCCGUCGCGGUCGCUAACGCUGCCGGUGCCGGUGCCGCCGCCGCCCGCGGUGCGAGUCCCUGAGGCGCGGAGAUGAAAUUCCCGGCCUCGGUGUUAGCGUCCGUGUUCCUGUUCGUGGCCGAGACGACGGCGGCGCUCUACGUGAGCAGCACCUACAGCUCCAGAGGGGACCGCAUGUGGCAGGUGCUGACGCUGCUCUUCUCCUUGAUGCCCUGCGCCCUGGUGCAGUUCACGCUCCUCUUCGUCCACCGCGACCUCAGCCGCGAUCGCCCACUGGUGCUGCUCAUGCACCUGCUCCAGCUUGGGCCUCUGUACAGGUGUUGCGAAGUGUUUUGCAUCUACUUUCAGUCCAACCAGAAUGAAGAACCUUAUGUGAGCAUCACUAAGAAACGACAGAUGCCAAAAGAUGGCCUUUCGGAGGAAGUCGAGAAAGAGGUCGGCCAGGCAGAAGGCAAGCUGUUUACCCACCGUUCUGCAUUCAGUCGUGCAUCAGUGAUACAGGCUUUCCUAGGCUCUGCCCCGCAACUGACCCUGCAACUGUAUAUCACUGUCUUGGAGCAGAACAUCACUACUGGAAGAUGCUUCAUCAUGACCUUGUCCCUGCUGUCUAUUGUCUAUGGCGCCUUACGUUGCAACAUCUUAGCCAUCAAAAUCAAGUAUGAUGAGUACGAGGUCAAAGUCAAACCCCUGGCCUAUGUCUGUAUCUUCCUCUGGAGAAGCUUUGAGAUUGCCACUCGGGUCAUAGUCCUGGUCCUCUUUACCUCUGUCCUGAAGAUCUGGGUGGUGGCAGUCAUACUUGUCAACUUCUUCAGCUUCUUCUUGUACCCCUGGAUCCUUUUCUGGUAUAGUGGCUCCCCAUUCCCUGAGAACAUAGAAAAGGCCCUAAGUAGGGUAGGUACCACCAUCGUGCUCUGUUUCCUCACUUUGCUCUAUGCUGGCAUCAACAUGUUCUGCUGGUCAGCUGUCCAGCUGAAAAUCGACAAUCCGGAACUCAUCAGCAAGUCCCAGAAUUGGUACCGGCUGCUGAUUUACUACAUGACAAGAUUCAUCGAGAACUCUGUCCUCCUGCUGCUGUGGUAUUUUUUUAAGACUGACAUAUACAUGUAUGUGUGUGCGCCUCUGUUAAUUUUGCAGCUGCUCGUUGGGUACUGCACUGGUAUUCUCUUCAUGCUUGUGUUCUAUCAGUUUUUCCACCCUUGCAAAAGGCUCUUCUCCUCCAGUGUUUCUGAAAGCUUUAGGUCAUUUCUCAGGUGUACCUGUUGGUCCUCCAUGAGGAGAAAAUCCACUGAGCCAGUAGGAACGACAGACACAGACUUAAAGGCAUGCACAGAGCAAGAUGUAAUGCCUUCUACCAGUAAAAUGACUCCCGAGACUACUGAGAUUUGGACUGCUGUUGAUCUGUGCUCUGCUUAAUGGAGGGACUUCAUACACAUCACGAGCCCUGCACAGGGACUAAGGCAGGGAGUUAGCUGUCAGUUCCCUGUGAGCUGCUACCUUUUAUAAAGCUCUUGAAUUUGAGGCAGCUUUGGGAGCACUAGGGAAGCCUAUUACCCCACAGUUUGUUUUUUACUUGACUCUGUUAUGUUCUUGUAGCCUCACUGGCCGUUUCAUUGACAUAGUAUCCCUGAAGUUUCAGUUGAGCUGGUCAUACUCAUCAGGUAGAAUGAAGAGAAAUGCUUCUUUUCUAGUUCCUAGCCUGUUGUCUCAGUAGCCUGAUGCUUUACUACUACUGAAUAUAGCUUUAUACAAGAGUCACCAUGACAGCUCGAAUAGGUUACUAGGAAUUUUACAACUUUGUUCCAAUUAUAGCUUACAGGAAAGUGAUUUAAGUUUGUUUUAUCAGUAUGUUCCAUUUUCACCUCAGUAAGACUUUUUGUACAUAACCAAUUGUAGCCACUCUGGCAUGCAAUGUGCAUUUUGUUCCAAGGGCCUAGAUUUGGGGACUUUAUUCUCCAGGAUCCAUUGGUACAGUGAUUUAGGAAAGCCAUGUUUCAUUCCACAUGCUGAAGAAGGUAGGGGUCAGGACAGAUUGGGACAACUGUUAAAACAUCAAAAUGGCAGGAGCUCAUACUAAAUGUUUAAAGAUAGGAAUUGGUUAGAAGGUAGGCUUCUCCUCCAAACUCAGUCUUGUCCUAUAGUUCUGAGAAAUUUCUAGUAGAAUUUUCUAUGAUUAAUAUUUUAAGAAAGAAGAAAAUAAAACUAAUACUCUUCAUCCCUGUCUCCUUGCUUCCUUGCCUGCCAGGAAAGUUUUAAACAAGAUUUAACCUCAGUCUUGAGGUUAGGUAAUAAAAUGAUCAGAAGGUUUUGUUCUUUAUGAAAUCCAUUUUGACUUGAUAGCAGCUCAUUUUAAUGUGAUCUUCAUUUAUUUUCCUCCACACCAUUUCAUCUAAUGAAUAUUUUUUCUCUGAUCUGGAACUAUUUAUUUUAAUUUAAAAGGGUUGGAUAGAAUAUUGUCAGUAGUCUAACAAAAAUGCCAGCAAGCAGUGCUAUGAUUUCUACCAAUAAAUGUAGGUGAUGAAAUGUUUACAAACAAGUGACCAUGAAAUUCACACCAACUUAACUUGAGAAUUGUAACAAAAUUUAAUGCAUUUUCAAAGGCACCUCUAUUUGUGAUUCUAUAAGAUAGAAUAGAUACUUACUUUUCUGACCACCUAAAUCCGUAAAACAUUUAUCUGGUCAUCAUACUCCUUAUAAUUGCUUUUAAAAAAACUUUUGGUAUCAAAUUGAUGAGUAAUUUCAUUAAAAAAAUGAACAUUCAGUUUGGUAACUAUUUUACUAUAGUAGAGGAUUCGUAAAAUAGUAAGUGUUCUUUGAUGUAUCAUUCACACUGUUAAUCUUUGUACCAUUUUGUAUGCACACACUUCAGGAAGGUUCUGAACCACAGAACAUCCAUUUUCCUUCCUGAAAUAUUUGUCCUCAUUUGUAUUUCUUCUGGUCUGCCAGGCUUUGUGGCUUAUCUGUAUGAGAAUGCAUAGGCAGUGUACAUCAUCAAAGUGAUACUUUAUAUGACAGAUACUUCUUUGUACUUUUCUUGCUCAGAGGUGCAAAACUGUUGAAAAUACAUAACAAUACAGGGAAAACAAGCUUAAGAUGCUAAAGCACUCCUGUUCUGGUUGUUUCCUAGUUUAAGAAGUGCAAAAUGAUUGAGAGGGUAGGAAGAGCACCUCUAGGUGAUCCCCAAAAUGCUUUUUUCUGUCAAAUCAUUUCCAUAUGUUUACAGGCACCAGGUGUUUUCAGUCUUGAAUGUGAAGGACAUCCUUUCCUUGAAGCUUUCCAGUGACUGAGGGUAGAGGUGGUACCCAUUUCCAAUUUCAGGCCAUGCCUUGACCGUGAGACUAACAUCCCUUUGACACUUCCUAGACAGGUUCAGAAUUAAACAAGGGUAAGGACGCUUGUAUUUUUCUAGCCUUGGAUUAGAAGCAUGACCUCAAAAUACUUUUAAACUCUUAAUUUUCAAAUAUAUUGUAAGUCCUUUUGUCUUAGUCAGUUGGUAAGCAUCUUGAAUGACCUCAAACCAAACUAGCAGUGAUAAGCUAUCAGACGCCAAAGGCCCAUGUCACACUUUAUAAAGACAGGUAUUGUUUAUUUUUAAUCUAAUUGUUUAUUGUUUAUUUUUAUCUAAUUAGUCUCUUACCAGUCUCUUGGUAAGUAGACAUUUUCCUUGUGCAGUCCCACAAGUCUCCAUGCCCUAACUUACCAAAUUAACAUGACACACUAUUCCAACUUACCUCACAAACUUGUUGGAAAGAUUUCAUUACGUAAUAGAUGAAAAAAAUAUUUCAAAGUAUCAUAAAGAAUACUAAAAUAUUAUUCAAGUCCAUAAACUGGUUAUCAUUUGUAGUUUCGUUUUGUUGUUUUCCUGACUGAAAUGACAUAAGUAGUUUCAUCCACAUCCGUCUUUAGUUAAUGUACAGGUCUUUGGGCUUCUCUGCAGUUGCCAUCCCUUACCAUCAUUACAAACGAGUACUCAGGGCAUGUGGCAAUGACUCAGGGGGCAAGAUUUGUGCCACCAAUCCCAACAACCCAACUUCCAUCCUUGGGACCUACAUGAUGGAAGCAAAUAAACAGUUCCCACAACUGUCCACAUAUACACGGAUGCACACACACACACACACACACACACACACACACACUUACAAAAUAAAAACUUUAAAAGUAGCCCCUAAGCCCUUAGUACUUGAUGGGAAAAAAAGACCCAGUGGAUCUCAGAAAGUACUUCUGAUAACAAAUAAGUUUAUUGUCUUGAUAUUAUCCUUUAUAAAGAAUGUAACAGCAUCUUUUGAUAAUUGUACAUUACAACUUAAAUGGCUGAUUUGAAGCAUUAAUUAAAUGUGAAUGUAAUCUGUACAGUUUUGUAAACGGGAAACUAAGCUUAGUAUUGAUUGUCUUGCAAAUGCAUCAUUUCCUUGAGAUCUAUCUUACACUAGUAUGGUUGUAUGUGCCAGUGCAUCUCAGUCAGUAAAUUGUGGGUGUGCACUUUUGUGGACUGCUUCUCAGAGUCAUUGACUCAAAUGUUGUUUAUGUUUCUUCAUAUAAUAAAUUAAUUUUUUCCAA